GUCAAGUGUUAACCUGUCUAUUUUUGUUAGAACUUUUAUUUGACCGAAUAAAAAAAUUUCCGUGUUUUUAUCGAAUUCGAGAUAAUCAGUUAGUUUUUCCCGUAAUAAUCUUUCAGAAUUUUCGCAGAUUGGAGUCAGCUUCAUUUAAUUAAGUUUUUUUCAUUGAACAGUGUGUAAUUCCUAUUUUAUUGGGAAUACUUUUUCUUCCUUCCUUGUGAUUAAUUAUUUUCUUUGAAAGAACUUCUAGAUUUAUUGUUGAUAUAUUGUUAAUCCUUUGGCAUAGUUAAAAUAAGAGUAACUGGGAUCUCUGAACAUCUAAUAUUCUUAAAAUAUACCAAGAAUUAUCUACUGUGUUCUGUAAGACACUUGGCUCAACUAGAAUGGAUUCUAAAGAACAGGGUAUCAGCUCAAGUGCAGGCUGCUGCAAUGGUUCUGAAGAGUUGGGGGAAAAUUUCAGUGUAGAUGAAAUUCCAUCUAUGCCAUGGUUUGGGAUGGACAUAGGUGGAUCUCUCUGCAAGCUGGUCUAUUUCGAACCGAAAGAUAGCACAAAAGCUGAGUUGGAAUCCGAAGUGGAUUCAGUCAGAAAUAUAAGGAAAUAUCUAACGAAGAAUUCGGCCUACGGUAAAACGGGACAUCGCGAUACGCAUCUACAGAUGAACGAUAUUUUUAUCAGGGGAAGAAGAGGCACCCUUCACUUCAUCAGGUUCCCCACCAGCGAAAUGAAAAACUUUUUGUCUUUGGCCAAAUCAAAGGGUUUGGCAAACUUUGUGACGACAGUUUGUGCGACUGGAGGAGGUGCAUAUAAAUUCGAAAAUGAUUUCCAGAGGGAGGUGAACAUGAAAUUGGCCAAGUAUGACGAGUUUGAUUCUCUGCUGAAAGGACUGCAGUUCGUAGACAGCUAUAAUAACAGCGAAUGCUACUACUGGAGUAAUCCGACUGACGAAACCUUGUGCAAAAAAGAAAGAUACGAUUUUUCGAAUCCUUACCCGUUCCUGAUAGUUAAUAUAGGCUCUGGUGUUAGUGUAUUAGCUGUAAAUUCACCGACCAACUACAAAAGGAUAUCUGGUACAAGUUUGGGCGGUGGAACCUUCCUAGGACUCUGCUGCCUGUUAACCGGGUGUAACACAUUCGAGGAGGCAAUCGAAUUGGCGGCCAAUGGAGACAAUACAAACGUAGACAAGUUAGUUCGUGACAUUUAUGGAGGAGAUUAUUCCAGAUUCGGACUGCCUGGAGACCUUGUAGCUAGCAGCUUUGGACACAUGAAUUCGAGAGACAAAAGGAGUAAAGUGAAAAGGGAAGACUUAGCUAGGGCCACCUUGGUGACGAUAACGAAUAAUAUUGGUUCCAUUGCACGAAUGUGUGCUAUACAAGAAAAAAUUGAUAGGGUGGUUUUUAUUGGGAAUUUCCUCAGAGUCAAUCCCAUAGCGAUGAAAUUAUUAGCUUACGCAAUGGACUAUUGGUCGAAAGGAACAAUGAAAGCUCUUUUCCUCGAGCAUGAAGGUUAUUUUGGAGCAAUCGGAUGUUUACUUCAGUAUCAUCAAACGCACGAUAGAAUAAUAAAUUAAUAGAUAAGUUAAGAGAAAAUAUUUAUAAAUUAAUAUUUAAACAACUAAAAUAUGUAAAAUUUACUCUUUAUACAAAAGUUUCAUCGGAUUUUCGAAAAACAAGAAAGUAUAAAUACGAAGCACCGUUAUAUAUUAUACAAUUUAGUCUAGAAGUGGUGGAUAAUGAACUUUCAGUUGCGUGAGGAUACUAAUUGCCUUCAAACAAUAAUUUUUUGAGGGUAUUCCACUCUUUGUUCAACUCGAAUUUCAAAUGCAACAUUACUUUCCAUUAUUUCGGAUCUGCGAAUAACAAAUUCAGUUAACUUGAAGGCUUUUCCACUGAAGUGUGGGUUUUACAAUAAAGUAAAUUUGCGCUCAAAUUGUUCUUCUUAAACAUCCGAUGAAAAACUCGCAGCAAAGCAUUUUACACCUUUAAUUGUAAUGUAUUGUAUUUCCAUCUUCCAGCUAUAUAUGAAAGUUUUAUAUUGAGAUAUGUAGACUUAAGAAUGUAAACAUGUUUUUUAUCAUCUGAAUAUAUUUAUAUAAGAUGU